CCGAACAUCCGGACCAUCCGCCCAAGGAAUUCACGCUUCCGCUGACGCAGUCGAGUUUCAAGAUCCGACUGGAGGCGCUAAUGCUGGAAUGAGGGGCAAUGGAGCGGGACUUAGACUGGGAGGAAAAGAUGUCAAAGACACGGUUGCUUCUACCACCGUGGCUGCGCAGGAUGCUACGAAGGACUCGGUCUUACCUGCCGAAGAAGAGAGCUCAAGCCCUGGAGGUAGAGGUAAAGGCGAUGAAGAGGAAUUUUGUUACCAGGAACAACAGCCUUUGCCCACGAAGAGGAACCUCAACCUCCCUGAACAUCAGCUACUGUGGGCAGGAACUUGGCGAUGAUGACGGGAGGUUGUUCCCCGCACAGACUAUUUCGAUCACCGUGGGUGAUGGUCAGAAAGAUGGGGGGCUGGUAUCUUGGCUCGACAAUGACAACAACAUGACUGUAAGCGCGAGAGCUUCGCCAUUCUCAGGCCCAUUACCAAAAAUGCCAGAAUAUAACCGCCCCUUCGUUCUCGACCUCUUCACCGGCCUCAUCGGGGCGUACAUUGGACGACAAAUGACCAACCCCGGGGAUGCUUCACGGGUCGUCAACAGCAUCCUGUAGCGGGUGGGCAAAAGGACCAAGUACGGAAUUCUGGACGUGGGAAUUCCCUCAGACUUGUUUUACGAGUGCCUCUUCUUCGACGUGCCGCACUUUCGGCCCGGCCUUCGCAGGGAGGGGUUUUCGAGCUGGAGCUGGAGUGGUUAGAAGAACGGUACUGCAAGCCCUAG